UUUUCAUCAUCCUGGUCUGGUAACUCUUCGUCUCCUGUUUCGUCGUCCUCUGGGUCUUCGAGCAGCGACUCUUCUAGCUCACGCAAGCGCUUGGUCGAAAUAUCGAGGAGGUCUUCGAUGGGUGGGAGGUUGAUGGCCUUUCGCGCAAAAGGAUGUACGCGCCGCCACGGUUUUGUGAGAUGACGACGAGGGGACCCAGGACUAGAUCUCCACGCUUGAAGUCGAAGUCGCGCAUAGUGGAUGCGUGCUCCUGCUCGAAACGGGCCGCUGCACGGAGACUGGCUCCGUAUACGUCGGAGUGGAGCUGGGAUAGGUGGGAUCGACGCUUCUGCAGGGCGAUAGCACGGCGGGCAAUGAGCUCCGUGGUGGAGGGAGCAAGUACGUGGCCUCAGAGAUGUCGAGUGGGACAAACGGAUGGGUUCCUGUAACGGCGAAGUAUGGCGAGCAUCCCAUCCGUGGUUGGACGGUGAUACGGUGUGCCCAGAAGACAGAGUAUGCGGCGCUAUGCCACUUCGAUUGGUUUCCAUCGGCGGCUUUGAAGAGCGCUUGUCGGACAUCAAAAUGCGGUCGCUCAGCAAGGUUGGCUUGGGAAUUGUACCCGGAUAUCCGGAUGUGUCGGAUCUCGUAUUGUUUCUCGAGCUGCAGCGUGCCCCAUCGGCAGAGCAAGUCUUCAAAGAUCCACAAUGCCAGCGCCUUGGCAUUUUCACGGCGGAGCAUACGGAAUUCGGGGUAGUGGGUGAGUGAACAACGGGCCUGCACAAUGUAUCGGAAACCUCCGCUCGUUGGGAGAUGCAUGGUGUCCAUGUACACCUUAGCAAAGAGCGGCGCUGGGACUGCGACAGUUCGAACGUACCAAGCGAUGUCAUGGGCCAUAUGUGGACACCAGAACCGCUCGGCAAUGAGGGCGCGGGUCGCAUAGAAGCCUUUAUGACAGGCAUCAUUGUGUGCUGCUCGGAGGAUGGGCAGGCGGCGUUCCGUGGGGACUACAAGUUUG